GGUUCAGUGACUUCUCGUCAGUCGAGCUAUCUAGACGUGCGUGCGUUGCGCGCGCCGGCUCACUCUACGAGCGCUGUGGAACUGUUUGUAAUUUUGAAUUUGGAAUCGUGUGUGUUUUCUUAUUUUGAAAAGAAAAUUUUUGAUGACAGUGACAGAAGUGUUGUGUACGGAGGUUUUGUCUUUGACGAUUUAUUUUGUGGUGCAUUCGGAUCAGUGAACUUUUGGAUUGCGAUUUGGACUUGAUGCGAAAUUGUGCGAAGUCGCUACUCCACCAGAUGUGUUCAGCAACCAGCCAGCCUUCCAAUAAAGCAAUACGCAAAGAUAUUAGUAUCUAGAAUGGCGCGAUACAGGUGAUCGUGCCAAUUGGAUGACACUGUCGAAGCUAGUUAUCUAGCGGUGGGCGUGUGCGCAAAAGUUGUGCGGCGCGCUGCCUCUAUGCUGUAUCGACGCAGGUUCGACAUUCACUGGGACGUCGCCAGGUGAUCUCGACGCGUCGCUGCUGAAGAGGAUUGGUUUGCGAGGAGUGAGGUAACCUGGCCAAAACGGGGACGUCGUUACGGCGAAGCCAAGACAACCGAAAUGUGUUCUUCCGCAACCGUGUACCUAAACUUCGCUUAAUUAUACAUCGAUUAUAUAAUGUACGAUCCGUCCAAGACGCUGCCAAACAUUUUGAACGAAUUUAUUAGUGUAGAUACAUUCUGGUUAAAAUAGUGUUUAGUGUUUGUGCUAGUGAACAACGCCAUCUGGCGUGGAGUAGGCGCGACAACGUGGCGGGGACGCAUGCGCCGUCGGCCCCGGCGCUGGCGAUGCCAUUUAUUGAAGACGAAUGGUGGUCUGCCGAGAAUGAGGGCAGGAUGGUCGACCUCUCUAAUUGCCUUCAGGACGCGGUAGUGGCGGCCGGGGGGCAAGCCGCCGCGCAGCUACAACAAAUGGCAACUUCCUUAGGAGAACUCUCCCAGGCCGAGCUGACCAACAUUGUUGGGGGACUGACCCUGGAGGCAGACGGCUCGGAGGCAACUGAUCCUGACGACAUCUUGAAGCAACUUGGAGAAACUGCUUUUGACAAUUUCGACACCUUUUUUACUGACUUGACCAAUGCUACCGCGUCGGCUGUGCCGCCAAUUGAAAUAAAACAAGAAGAAAACAACAACAUAUCAUCGCCAUCCGGGAGCCAACUACAAGGCUACUACCAGCCAAACAACCAGUUAAUACCAAACAACGGCCAGCAACGUCUACAACAGUUGUUGAGGUCCGGGACCCACGCUAUCAACAAUGUUGUUACGAAUAAUAUAAAUAAUGGACGGUAUAACAUCGCAUCUGCUAAUCCGCUAUUAGCUGAGAAACUGGCAGCGACAUCUAGCGGUAUAAAGCAGGAACCGAUCAGUUCGGAUUACAGUGGAACGACUAUGAACUAUGGAAGUGCAUCGCCAAUGCAGCGGGUGCCGAGCGGGAAGCCGCAGGUGCAUGAUGCUGGUGGAGGUAAAGUGGACGGCGGGGAGCCGGCGGGGCUGCGGCUGGGCGCGCGCGGCUCGCUGGGGCAGGCGCUGCUGCACGGGCUGCUUGCGCCCGCGCCGGCCCGGCACCACCUCUACACCGCGCCGAGCACAGGCUCCUUGCCACCCUCGCCGGCCGACAGCGGCGUCUCCGACGUGGAGUCCUCAUCGUCAGGAGCCGGCAGCGCGGAGGAGUUGAAGGCGCGGCUGCAGCCCCCUCCCGCGCCUUUCCACACCCCCUUCCUCCCUUUCUACCAGCACCACCAGAUCGCGAGCACGCUGCAACAUCACGCCGCGCAUCCACGGCCACCAGUUGGUGGCGUGAACGAGCGUGAUGCCUACGGCUACGGGUACGGCGGCGGGGGAGGCGGGGCGCACCACUUCGCGGCGCCCGCGCCCCCGCCCCUCCCCCACGACGACUUCCCCUACUCCGUCUUCGACAUCGGGGACUACCAGCGGCACCACCACCACAACAAGCUCAAGCCGAAGAAGCGGCCGCGCAACGACACGCCGCCGACCCCCGGCGUCAAGCGCAAGAGCCGCGAAGGGUCCACCACCUACCUUUGGGAGUUCCUCCUCAAACUGCUCCAGGAUCGUGAAUACUGUCCAAGGUAUAUCAAGUGGACCAACCGCGAGAAGGGAGUCUUCAAACUGGUCGAUUCCAAGGCUGUGUCGCGGCUGUGGGGCCUGCACAAGAACAAACCCGACAUGAACUACGAGACGAUGGGGCGCGCCCUGCGCUACUACUAUCAGCGCGGCAUCCUGGCCAAGGUGGACGGCCAGCGGCUCGUGUACCAGUUCGUGGACGUGCCCAAGGACAUCGUCGAGAUAGACUGCUCGCUCGCGUGAAUCUCCAGUGAAGUGACCGUGACAGGACUUUCUGUAAUACGUAACUAAUUUAGACGCGCUCUUACAUUUUUUCACUAUUUAGAAAAUUCGUCUAUUUUUCAAAUCAUCAUGCAUUACGUACCCCGCUUGUCGUUAAGAUAAUUCUCAAAUCGAACUAAUAUUAUUGUCAUUGAAUUUAAUACUAUUUAUACAAAAAUAGGAGAGACGAAAUUGAUUGCUCAAAUGUUUAUAUAGGUACCUAUUUUUAGGGUAUUUCAGAAGAGGAAACACUAAAUUUGCUAGCUGUUAUAUGGUACGGAGUGAUUUUUGUAUAAUGUUCAAACGAAUUUUUAAAUGUUUGUAUUGGAUUUAAAUGUUUCUAUAUAUUGCAUGUUUAGAGGACCGAUUUCGAUCGGCCCGCCGAAACUUCCUACCUCAAACAACAUAAGCAACAUUAAUAGAGUUAUACAAUUUAUGAUAAUUCGAAAAGCAGAUUUACAAUAUGCAAUAAGUAUGAACUUAUAGUCUAAAUAAGAGUUUAUAUAAAAGAAAUAUUUACUAAAAUGUUUAUAUAAUACAAAAUAAUAUCAUAAAUUCUCCGGUUACUUUGGUGCUUAUAAUGGCCGAUUCAUAUUUACUCCUUGUUAAACUACCAACCUCACAGCUGUUGAUUCUAUUAUAUAUAUAUAUAUAUAUA